UAAUGGCUGCUUCUUCAUUAAAAAGCCAUGAACCGCACCGACCCACUUUCACCUAAACACCAACACUCCGAGGCUAGUUUAUGAAAUCUCGUUUAUUGCAGUUUCUACAUGUCAGGUUGGAUGUAGUUGCACAGAAUGACCCAACCUCGACCCAGCGAGUUUAUACCACCGCCGGAGUGUCCUGUCUUCGAGCCCAGCUGGAAAGAGUUCCAAGAGCCGUUUGCGUUUAUCAACAAAAUCCGUCCUAUUGCAGAAAAGACGGGGAUUUGUAAGAUCCGGCCGCCGCAGGGAUGGCAGCCACCAUUUGCUUGUGAUGUGGAUAGGCUGCAUUUUACCCCACGCAUACAGAGGCUCAAUGAAUUGGAGGCACAAACCAGAGUCAAGCUCAACUUCCUGGACCAGAUAGCGAAGUUCUGGGAGCUGCAGGGCUGCACACUGAAAAUCCCUCACAUUGAGCGCAAGACUCUUGACUUGUACCAGCUCUACAAACUGGUGACAGAAGAGGGCAACUUUGAUGUGGUCUGCAGAGAACGGAAAUGGACCAAGAUUGCACUCAAGAUGGGUUUCGCUCCCGGCAAAGCUGUCGGAUCUCACCUGCGAGCCCACUACGAGAGGAUUAUCUACCCUUACUACCUGUUCCAUAAAGGAGUCAGCCGUCUGAACGCCAAUAAGCCUACUCUUACCAAUGACACCAAAGAUAAGGAGUAUAAAUCACACGACUUGCCCCAGCGGCAAUCAUUGCCGCCAGCCGAGACCUCCACUAUUGCUCGGAGAGCCAAGCGCACAGAGGGCCGCUGUUUUAAAAGUGAGCAGGGAGAGCCAUCUGAGAAUCGACCCAACCUCAGGAGGAGAAUGGGCUCCUAUGUUUCAAAAUCAGAAGCAGUGAACAGCUUUCCAGUCCAGGUAAAACAGGAGCCGGGAGAGCAGAUUUACUCAAUGCUUGAUGGGAGAUUAAGGGUGGAUCAGUACAUGUGCUUGGUAUGUGGAGGAGGGGGUGAUGAGGAGAAGCUGUUGCUAUGUGAUGGCUGUGAUGACAGCUAUCACACCUUCUGCUUAAUCCCACCACUUCAUGAUGUGCCCAAGGGGGACUGGAGAUGUCCCAGGUGCCUGGCACAGGAGUGUGGCAAGCCUCAGGUUGCAUUUGGCUUUGAGCAGGCCUCCAAAGACUACACACUCCGUUCCUUUGGAGACAUGGCAGACUCCUUUAAGUCUGAUUACUUCCACAUGCCUGUACAUAUGGUCCCGACAGAGCUGGUUGAAAAGGAGUUCUGGCGUCUGGUCAGCGCCAUUGAGGAGGAUGUCACAGUAGAGUAUGGGGCAGACAUUGCUUCUAAGGAAUUUGGCAGUGGUUUCCCUGUGAAGAAUGGUUCAUUUACUGUGUCUUCUAAUGAUGAGCAUUAUCUCAGCAGUGGCUGGAACCUGAACAACAUGCCUGUGCUGGACGCAUCUGUACUGACUCAUAUUACUGCCGACAUAUGUGGGAUGAAGCUGCCCUGGCUCUAUGUGGGCAUGUGCUUCUCUGCCUUUUGUUGGCAUAUUGAGGACCACUGGAGCUACUCGGUCAACUAUUUGCACUGGGGAGAGCCAAAGACCUGGUAUGGUGCUCCUGGCUACGCAGCAGAACAGUUGGAGGCAGUGAUGAAGAAACUAGCUCCCGAGCUCUUCGACUCUCAGCCUGAUCUGCUCCAUCAACUGGUCACCAUCAUGAACCCCAAUGUGCUAAUGGAGCAUGGAGUGCCUAUUUACCGAACUAACCAGUGUGCUGGGGAGUUUGUCGUCACCUUUCCCAGAGCAUACCAUAGCGGGUUUAAUCAGGGCUUCAACUUCGCAGAGGCUGUCAACUUCUGCACAGCUGACUGGCUCCCUCUGGGUCGGCGGUGUGUAGAUCAUUACCGCUCACUAAACAGAUACUGCGUUUUCUCCCAUGAUGAGAUGGUGUGUAGUAUUGCUGCCAAGGCUGACCGCAUGGAACUGGAGCUGGUCUCCUCCAUACAAAACGAUAUGAGUUAUAUGAUUCAGGAGGAAAAGGAGCUGCGUGAAAAGGCAUACAAGCUGGGUGUAUGGCACUCCCAGCAGGUGGACUACGAAGAUCUGGCAGAUGAAGAGAGGCAGUGUUCCCAAUGCAGAACCACCUGUUACCUGUCUGCUAUCACAUGUCCCUGCAGCCCUGGCCAGCUGGUCUGUCUACAUCACCUCAAAGACUUGUGCUCGUGCACUCCUAGUCGCUAUACUUUGAACUAUAAGUACACCUUGGCUGUAUUGUACCAAAUAUUUAAGGCUUUAACAGCCCGUGCUGAGUCCUACGACGACUGGACCUCUAAGGUUAAGAAGAUUUUGAAGGCUGACCAGGACGAUAAGUGUGACUUGGAGGAACUUCGUUUACUGGUUGCGGAUGCAGAAAAGAAGCUGUACCCUAACAUGGACUUGCUGUGCCAUUUGCGCCAGAUUGUCCAGGAUGCAGAGAGGUGUGCUUCAAUGGCUCAACAGCUUCUUAAUGGGAAAAGACAGACCAGAUAUCGCAGUGGUGGAGGAAAAAGUCACAACCAGCUUACUGCUGAGGAGUUGAGCUCUUUUGUCCAGCAGCUUUAUGAUUUACCCUGCACCAUCAGACAGACCCCUUUUCUCAAGGCUUUGCUAAACCGUGUCCGGCAAUUCCAGCAACAGAGUUCAGACCUCCUGGCCAUGGACAUGCCCAGCUCAUCAGCCUUGCAAGUUGUGCUGGACGAGGGCUCAGGCCUGGAGGUGGAGUUGCCCGAGCGAGCUGUGCUCCGGCAACGGCUGGAGCAAGCACGCUGGGUGGAGACAACGCAACAGGCAUGCAAGGACCCGAGCAGCCUCAGUCUGGAACACAUGAGGAAGCUGAUCGAUCAGGGCGUCGGCUUGGAGCCACAUGCCUGCGUGGAGAAGACAAUGGCCCGGUUACAGGAGCUGCUUACUGUGUGUGAGCACUGUGAGGAGAAGGCUCACAAAAUGCUGAAAGCCAGGCCGUACCAUAAUCUGGAGACACUGGACGCAGUCUUGUAUGAAGUAAAUAGUAUUCAGGCUUACCUGCCCAAAUGUCUUCAGCUCCAGGACUCGGUCAGUAGGGCCAAAGAGUGGAUACAAGAGGCAGAUGCCCUUCAGCUUGGAGGCCGCAUCCCUGUUCUCUCCGAUGUAAACGAUCUAGUCUUGGAAGCUAAAAGCAUCCCAGUCCUGCUGGAGCCCUUGGCACGUCUAGAGAAUCUGGUGUCCGAGGUGGAAGCCUGGAAGGAAAGUGCAGCCAAACUGUUUUUGUUGGAGAACACCUCAUUCACGCUCCUGGAGGUUCUGUGUCCAAGGUUUGACACAGGGUGUCAGAGGUCAAAGUCUAAAAAAGUCAAAGACGUCUUGCCAGGCAUUAAAAAGGUGGCGAUAAAACUAGAUAGUGUCAGUGAUGUGGAGAAAGCUCUCUCUGAGAGCAAGGAUCCAGCCCUAGCGAUGUCUACUCUAUGUGAGGUUCAUCUAAAGGAGCUGGAGAACCUAAACACCCUCAGGACUGCAAACAAGGCAAAGUUCAAGCCCACAAACAACUCUUCUCCUACAGUGUGUCUUUGUCACACAGUGCCUGCCGGCCCCAUGCUUCAGUGUGAACUCUGCCUUAAUACUUACCACAGUGGCUGCGUGCCAGGGUUCCAGAAGACACAGACUGGACAGCCUUGGCUGUGCCCACUCUGCAGCAGAUCAGAAAAGCCUCCUCUGUCGAAAGUGUUGCCACUGCUUGCCUCUCUUCAGCGCAUCCGUGUCCGGCUACCGGAGGGCGAUGCUCUGCGUUUUGUGAUUGAAAGGACAGUGCGAUGGCAGCACAGGGUGCAACAGGUUUCACCUUCGACUCAGCAGUCGUGUAAAAACGUGAGACCUUUCUCAGAAAUUGCAUCAUUUCUGUUAAAGGAAGGAAGCAAUGGAUCCUACUACAUGCAGCAUCCAUGCAUUCCUCCUAGUGCUUUAAGUCCUGAAAUAGAGGAGCUUUUGGUGGAAGGCUUACUGCUACAGGUAACUUUGCCAGAACUGCAUCAUCUCUACCAGGGUCUGCUCAGCAGCUUGUGCCCCUGUCAGCACUCCCUGCAAAGCAGCGAGCAUGACCACCAGUAUUAUAUUGCUCAGAACAGAAACCCAACACACAAAAGUCCACCCCACAGCAAAGACAAGGAUGUAGUCCUAGAGUUGCAGAAGCAUAGUGGGAAACUAGAAAAGAGCUCCAAGAGGUGCUUGGAAAAGGAACACUCUAACGCUAGAGAUAAAUACAAGAUUAAGGGCCCCCCCAAAAAGAAGUCUAGGACAAUCAAGGAUAAGAUAAAGAAGGAGAACGCCAUCUCCUCAUCCGGUUCAGUUUCAGACCCAGGUUCUUCUGAGGAUUCGGAGGAGGACUGGUCUGUGUGCUCGGCAAAGCGAUGUCAACAGCCAGAGGGAAAUGAGGUAAAUUGGGUCCAGUGUGACGGCAGCUGUAACCAGUGGUUCCACCAAAUUUGCGUGGGCGUAUCUGCUGAGCAGGCUGAGAACGAAGACUACGUCUGCAUCGACUGUGUAGUAAAUGACCAGACACAAUGAGGACCAAAACGUAAACUGUUUAAAUAGACAAAAUACUUUUGACAUUUGCACGUGUUCUAGCACCAAGCACUAAAUUGCUUUUCUUGGCCUUUGGAAGACCCAGUUUGUCCUUGUCGCUGGUGCUAGCUUCCUGAUCAGACUGUUAUCCAGAUGUUUUGUCACAGAUGUACCUCAGGUGUUUCUAUCCAUUGUCAUCAGCUCUCCCGAAAGAAGAUACAUACACACAUACAUUAAGUAGAGGCCAAAACACGCAAGACCACAUUUUCUUUAAUGUUAGUAUUUAUUAUUAAAUAAUAUCAGUCUUACAAUUUGAGUAAAUAGUUUUACAUGCAAGUUACAUACAGUAAUACUGCUGAUUAUAUGAUUUGUAAUGCAAAUACAUUGCAUUUAAUUGAGAGAAAUGCAACAUAGAAACUUUUUCCCUGCUGGUCUUGGACUUUUGGCCUCUGCCGUUUAUAUAUGCAUGUUUGUGUGUAUGUAUAUCCUUUAUCAGAAUCAGUGACUCCAGGGCUACUUUGACAUACCAACUUGCAUUAAUUGGAUUGAACAAAAUGCUAUGACUUUCAUUUAAAACAUGCUUUGGUACAUGUCUAGUAUAUUAUUUAUUUAUCCUAACAGUAACUAAGAUGGUUAACUGAUUGUGAGUAGCUUGAGAUCUUACUUUGAUUUAUAGUUUUUUGCUAGUAGCAGUGGUUGUACAGAAUCCUGAGGUAGGUCACCUCGGUAUAGCAGUAAGAAGUGUAACAUGUACUGUGGAGUGCUGUUGUAAUUCUUUAUAAAUAAACAAUACUAAAUGA